CAUGUUCCCGACGAUGGCGACGGUGGACUCGUUGCAUUGAGUUGUGGUGGCCCGAUCGCUUGCGUACCUCGGUCUCUAGAACGCUUAGAUCAUCCUGUCGCGUUCUAAUGCCGAGAUGGUGCGGCACUGUGCGGUAGAGGACUGCGGCAACCUCCUGAUUCGGUGCGGAAAACCUAUUCACCAGUUCCCAAAGGAUGAACAACUUCGUGCGCUUUGGAUCCGGCUCGCACGACCGUCCUCCCCGGCGUGGCUUCCAACUACGAGUGAUCGCUUGUGUUCCUAUCACUUUCGUGAUGAGGACUACGUGCGAAGCCCCAGGGUGAUGGAGUCCUUGGGCUUCCCGGUGAGGAACGUACAACUCAAACCAGGAGUUUUGCCCCGUUUAUUUUCAAAGAAGCGGAGAUCUGGCGAGCGCAGCGAACCCCUUGACAAGCGACGCAGAGUGGUACGUUUGGUGCGUUGGUUUCCAUUCUGCGUCCACCUGUGGCCUCCCCCACCUCUCUGAUAUGGACUGACGACGCCCGCACCCAGACAGCAGCCUUGAGAGCAAUGACUGCUGCUAGACAUCCUGUGUUUUCAGCAUCGGCACGUUACGAGACACGGUCCGUGAUGACGCAGACAACAGGCUUCGGCAGAAACGCAGGUACACAAGCAUGUAUACCAUCGAGGAACAAGAAAGUGCAGACGGAGCUUUCUGGAAUUAUGCCGCAGACCUCUUCCUCGUCAAACUGUGGUGAUCCAGAACAGAGUUCUGAUUCAGAAGACCUGGGUGUAUCAGGGAAGCAGCCACCGGAAAGAGAUGACCCUACGUAUUGUCCACCAGAGGACAGCUCUGUUAGGCUUGAGAGGGAAACACCAUCUUUGGUAAAGGAGAGGAAAUUCAUUGUAUUCGAGUCUUGCCUUGACCUUCUCCUGGGGAAGUGCCAAGUAUGUGCUGCUCCCCUGAUCCACGUGGACAAGAGUGUCGUUGGCUGCAGCCUGCAAGUCUACUCAAUUUGUCGGAGUGGACACGUGAAUGACUGGUGCAGCCAGCCCAUCAUCAAGCGGAAGCCGGUGGGGAGUAUCCUAAUGGCUGCGGCAAUCCUGUUCAGUGGCAGCUGCGUAAAGAAGACACUCAGAACACUCACCAGCAUGGGGAUUGUCUGUUUCUCCUAUGGCACCUUCUUCAACAUCCAGAAGGCCUUUCUCCUGCCCUCAAUCGAAAAGGUCUGGAACAAGCAUCAGAACGAGUUGUUCGCAGCUGCUGCAGGCAGGCACCUCACCAUCGCCGCUGACGGGAGAGCAGACUCACCUGGCCACUCGGCCAAGUAUGGCUCCUACACGAUGCUUGAUGCCGAUGACAACAAGGUCAUUCACGUUGAAACCGUCCAGUCCAAUGAAACUGGGGGCAGCUAUCAUAUGGAGCUGGAAGGCCUCAAGAGGUCCCUCAGCAUUUUUGAGGCCCACUCGUUGAUUGUGGCCAUCCUGGUAACCGACCGGCAUCCCCAGCUCAAUGCUUGGCUGGGACGAGAACACCCAGAUAUCUGCCACCUUUUUGAUUGCUGGCAUGUGGGGAAGGGCAUCAAGAAAAAGCUGGCUGCAGCUGCCAAGUCACGGCAUUUAGAGGAGCUCGGGUCUUGGACAAGGGCAGUGGUGAACCAUCUGUACUGGUGUGCUGGGUCAAGUGUCGACAACCAGGACCUCAUCCUGCCAAAAUGGAAGUCUCUGGUGGCACACGUAGUGGGUGUGCAUACCCACGCUGACCCUCUCUUCCCAGAGUGUGAGCAUGAGGAGCUAGAGAAAAAGUGGCUAGCAGAAGGGUCCCCUGCGCACCAGAAGCUGGAGGAGAUCGUGCUCUCCACUCACCUGCUUCGCGACAUUCCUCGACUGUCCACAUCGGCGCAGACAUUUGCAACAGAGUGCUUUCAUAGUACUCUGUUGCAGUUUGCGCCGAAGCAGGUCCACUUCAGCUUCCGAAGCAUGAAGGCCAGGACCUACCUCGCUGCCCUCCAUUACAACGAAAAUGCGGGAAGGCCCCAAGCGGUGACCAAGAAAGGAGAGAAGAUGUGGGUCAUCAAGUAUCCAAAAGCAAAGAAAGGACCCACUGUUGCUAAGCGCAAGACUGACUGCACCUAUGGUAUAUGCCCGUGCUCAUAUUUGUACGUGGCUGGUGCAGAUUUUUUAAUUGCUUUGAAUGUCUCAUUACAGAGUAUGUGGGGGAGCUCAUGGCAGUUGUGCUGCACCUCUGCUCAACGCUGCCAUCCUACAAGGCUGCAGCUGCCCUCUGCAACCAGGAUGCACCUCCAUUUCUUUCUAGUGCGUAUCAGCAUGGAGAUAAACAGGCAUUGGUGCAACAGCACUGCUCUAGGUUUACUCGGUAGUCUGAUGUAGGCCAAGGUUCCACUUGCUUGAUGCAGCUUCUUGCGCUACGCUCCAGCUUUUUCACUUCACCGUGUUUGACCGUUCGGAAAACCUCAGCAAGAAUGGGAUCCACUGCUGUGUUGUCGGCCAGUUCCUUUUCAGUCAUGGGAGGUUUCGUCGGGGCUUCUAACAUCAGUACGUUGCCUGAAGGAUGUUGCUCAUUGUCAGUCUCGGGCAAUGGUAGUCUGCCUAAAGCAUCAGCGUUUUAAUUUCGCUUUCCUGGUCUAGAGAUUAGGUUAUAAUCAUAGGCUCCCAGCUUAACACACCAGCAUGUCCUACUUGGUGAAAGCACAGUCGGUACUGGGGACUCCUGUCCUAUGAUGCCCAACAGUGGUUGGUGGUCAGUCGUUAUGGUCACGUGAUGCGCCGCAACGUAGCGGUGAAAACGGUCCAUGGCGAAUAUAAUAG